CAGUGUGUGUGUGUGUGUGUGUGUAUUUGGUGAGUGUUGGAUGUCAGAGGCUGGCCCUAUGUCAGCAUUACAAAUGUACGGGGAGUCAAAUCAAGAGGAUAUUGGAAGAGCCAACGCUGAGAACAUCAGAGCUGGUGCUGACGUGAACGUCUCUGCGAAGUUGGGGAAAUCAGCACUGGAGAUGAGAGAGUGGAUGGAUCCUGAGAUGGGCAUGAUGACCGGAGGCUACCUGUCUGGAGCAGACGCUUACGGCAUUGCAGAACCGCAGUACUAUGAUGUGCUGGUGGAUCCGUUGGGAUAUUCAUACCAGGAUCUUGAUCUACAGGCUUUUCCCUACAACCAGCAGCACUACAAUCCAGCUAACGUGCAAGUCUCUGUGUACGGACCCCCCAGCUCUCAACCAUGUACCCCAGCCUAUCCGUAUAGCCCGCAGUAUCCGGAGCCUCCAUGUCAAGCAGAUGUGGAACUGCUGCACGGGCAAACGAGAGGCAGCAUGGUUACAACCCCAGGCAUGAAGAGACCCCGACUGGGGCCUGGAGCUCGGGUUAAGGGUCAGGAUGAACUGUGUGUGGUGUGUGGGGACAAAGCUUCAGGAUACCACUACAAUGCUCUGACCUGUGAAGGCUGCAAAGGCUUCUUUAGGCGCAGCGUUACCAAGAAGGCUGUGUAUCGUUGUAAGAGUGGUGGCAGCUGUGAGAUGGACAUGUACAUGCGUCGCAAGUGUCAAGACUGCCGACUGCGCAAGUGCAGAGCCGUCGGCAUGCUAGCCGAGUGUCUGCUGACUGAGGUGCAAUGCCAGUCAAAGAGAUUAAGAAAGGGGGCCAAGCACCGAGGAGACUCGCUUUCACUUCUUGCUACCGAGGAUGAGGAAAGCAAUGAAAGCAGAAAUGUGUCCUCUACCAGCAGACUUCCCGCACCAGCACGGGUGCCAUCAGGAUUUUCCAGAGAGCAGAAGUGUGUCCUGAACAGAAUUGUGGAAGCUUAUCGUCGGUACAGAGCUCAUGAUGGCACUCGUUUCUGGGUGUCCCAGUGGUCCUGUUUACAAGACAGUGCUGAUCGUUUGACCGAUUUGACCCCUCUUGAAAUAGAAAGACUUCUGCAAUUCUCAAAGAGCAUACCUGGGUUUGAGCUCUUGGACAGUGCUGAUCAGAGCAUUCUUCUCUCCAGCUCAUCCGUGGAGGUCAUGUUCCUGCUCUUGGCUCAACAGUACACUGAGAAUCCGUCCCUGUACAGCUCAUCUCUGUAUCCUGGCAGUGCGGGUGACUCCACUCACAGCUGGGUGAAAACCUCACAGUCUAAGACUAGCAGUCAUGAGAUGCUGCUAAACUCAGGGAUGAGUGAGGAACUCUUGGGGCCAGUGCUGAAUUUCUUCCACAGUAUGGCAGCCAUCUCAGUGACGGAUACUGAAUACGCUCUUCUCGUUGCUACAUCAGUGCUGUGCUCAGACAGACCGUAUCUGCGUGCAAUGAGCUGUGUAGAGAACCUGCAGGAAUUUGUUCUGGAGCUGCUCUCUAAGGUGUGCAGGAAUUGGCAGGGUACGACUCACGGGUCAUGCCGUUUCGGCAGGCUGCUCGGUCGGCUAACAGAGCUGAGGACGCUGCACCACAACCACAUCACACUCCGGCCGCAGCAGAUCUGGGACAUGCAGCACUGAGACGCACCGCUCAGGAAGGACUACAUUGUCAGUUCCUGUGUUUAUAAACAUUCUGAAUAGGCGUGCUGGUGUAAGCACAGAAAACGUGGUGCUAGUCGUGAUUUGGCACAAACAAGGGGCUGGAUCAGUAUUCUUCCUCUGAUGGGUUUUAAGAAAAUGGACGUUUCAAAGAAACUUAUUUUUGAUAAUGUAUUUUUGAUAAUGUCCAAUUCAGCGCUAUACCCUUGUACAAACUUAUCUUGGCAUGGAGUUUCAUUUAUUUUUCACUAUAUUGGAGGCCUGAGAUAUAAAAUACAAUACAAAAAUAUACAAAGGUUUUUAUUGCUGUUGUCUGGUGUGUUAAUAUUACACUCAAGUCUGUUCAAAGUUCAUUUCAGACUUCUAACAGCAUUUUGGCACCAAAUGGUGAUGUAUAUCAAAUAAGAGAUUUAAAACUUUUAAAGGAGAGCCUAUACAUUUUUAAGCCCUCUGUCACUUGUGAAGUGAAUCAUAAGCAAGCCUAUUUCUCGAGCCUGACUGCACCCCGUCUGGCGAAACUACAGAUGUUUUUUUGAUGAAUUGCUUUUUUAUUAAAAAAAAUUUAGAUUCAAUAGCAGGACUGAUAGAUGAUAGAUAGAUGAUAAACCAUAGGUUUAUCCAAACAUGCCACCUCUGUAUGGAGAGUCAGUGACAGAUAGAAAUGCAAACAAAAUGGGAGACAAACAUGACAAUGGAAAAAGGCAUUCUGUCCACAAAUAAAAAUUGACAGUAUAACUCCUUAAGACCUGCUGUAAAUAUUCAAGUUAUUUUUUAGCAAAAAUUCUGAUAAGCUUGUUGAAACCAUGAUCGGAAUAGGAAACGUUAAGGGGACGUCCUUUCAUUAGAACGAGAAACACCUCCUACAGUGACACUAAGAAUUUACUCUGCUCUUCCAAAACCUGAGUACAGCUUAGGACUGUGAGUGGACAGUGAACAUGCUCCAGUGUGGCAUGACUCAAGACACUGAUAAAAAAAAGUGUUUUUCCAUUAAAAAAAGAAAAAAAAUAGGAGAUAAAAUCAACACUAUGCAGGCUUUGCUUUUCAUCGUGGUCCAUUUUCUGCUUCAUCUCUUCAUUUUCUGUUCCAUGUCCCCCCCCAACUGAGUGGCACUUCACUUCCAAAAGACAGUGCUGUGUGAA